AUGGAAUACACCAUCCGCUGCGACGUCGAGAACAUCAACAUUGAAACCCUGCCGCAGGACUUCAAGACCGAGAACUGCGUCUACCCGCGCGCCUGCUGCACCAAGGACCAGUACCGCGGCAACAGGCUCGUCUACGAAACAGAGUGCAACGCCGUCGGAUGGGCGCUGGCAGAGCUCAACCCGUGUCUCAGGGGCAAGAGAGGGCUCAUCCAGCGGGCGGUCGACAGCUGGCGUAACUCGCACCAGGACCCGCGGCUGAGGAGUCGGAGAGUCAAGCGCAUGGCUAAGGCGAAUAAUCGCAAGGCGGUGGCCCAGCAUGCCUCGCAUCUCAGCCAGCACCAGCAACAGCAGCAUCCUCAGCAGCAACAGGCUCAGCAGCAGCCGUUGCCGGGUCUGCCGCCGCAUCAGCCGCAUGAGAGCCAUGCAGAGGACGUCAAUGUUAGCGGUAUGUUUCAGCAGAUGUAA